CAAGUUCUUGGGUAACUCGAACCAGCAGCCACCAAGAGCCUCCUUUUCUGCUUUGUCUUGGUUUCCCAGCCUUGAGGUGGUUGUGAUGCCAUCAAACAUCUUUGCAAGUGGAGCCAGCCAGAGCUGGGCGUCCUGCAAAGAGCAGCGCUUCGUCCCCAGAGCAAAACCCACAAAACCCAGGGGUGGAGGAGCAGUACAGGAGGAAGCAGAGUCCAGCCAGCCUCCCUGAGCAGGACUUACAGGCGUAAUUGCUGCCACUCGCUCCUGCACUUAUUAACCGCACAGCUCGGUUUCUGAUUCCGUCUGGACAAAUUAGUUUUAAAAAUGACUUUGAAGAGAAUCCGUGCGGUGUGCCUGCACAAUGUACACAGUGUAUACGUAAUGUGUGCCGGGCUGGGAGAGCGUCGGGGUCCGACGGGAAGGAAUCGGCAUCAAAAAUUAAAGAAAAGACGACAAAGGGCACAUCUUGGAGGCUGAGGGUUGAAGCACAGACAGCGCUUGGAGAAAUGUGGAAAAUGUGCGGCGAGGCCAGAAGUAGUAGUUUUGGUUCCCAAUUAACUAUUUCCUUCGUUUGAGUAACUCCUCUCAAACAGAAGAGUGUGCUGUUCCACCACAUGUUGGAAAGUGUGAGAAUCUGAAUAAAAUUUCAUCAACCUUAUUAAAAUAUGUAGGGACUUUGGUCUUCUUGGGUACGAAUCAGCCUACAGACUCAGAGGCAUUUAUUAACAAUAAGACUGCUGAGGUUUUUUAAUAACAAAAUUACAAAUACCGUGUCUAAUUGCUUCAAUAUUUAAAGGCUGUUAAAGGAUACCUCGAAAAUAUUUUCACAUGACCACGACCAGGAGUGUCACUCGCCUGCCAGGGUAAGAAGAGUGACCUCUUUGGGUGGCUGUAACUGAAGAUUGCUUUACAGGAGCAACUGAAGAAGAAGGGGAGAGCACUCCUGCAAGACGACUAGCACAGCGGUAGAAGGCUGAUGGCUAGAAAAUCCUGCAUGGAGCAAACAAGGAGGUAGAAGGUCUAGGAAAAAGGUAUAGGGCUAUGAACCAGGUUUUUGAGUCAUGAUGCAAGAAUCUGGGACUGAGACAAAAAGUAACGGUUCAGCCAUUCAGAAUGGAGCGAGCGGUGGCAACCAUUUACUAGAGUGCAGCCUGCGGGAAGUGAGAUCAAACGGCGAGACACCUUCCGUUGAAAUUGGGGCUGCAGAUUUAGCACAUCUCCAGCAACAGCAGGCUCUCCAGGUGGCUCGACAGCUUCUCCUGCAACAGCAGCAGCAGCAGCAACAGCAACAGCAGCAGCAGCAGCAGCAAGUUAGUGGAAUAAAGUCUCCGAAGAGGAAUGACAAACAGCCAGCCCUUCAGGUUCCAGUGUCGGUGGCUAUGAUGACACCUCAAGUGAUCACUCCCCAGCAAAUGCAGCAGAUCCUCCAGCAACAAGUGCUAACUCCCCAGCAACUCCAAGUCCUGCUCCAACAGCAGCAGGCACUCAUGCUUCAACAGCAGCAGCUUCAAGAGUUUUAUAAGAAACAACAGGAACAGUUGCAGCUUCAACUUUUACAGCAACAACAUGCUGGAAAACAGCCUAAAGAGCCCCAGCAGCAGCAAGUGGCCACGCAGCAGCUGGCCUUUCAGCAGCAGCUCUUGCAGAUGCAGCAGUUGCAGCAGCAGCACCUCCUGUCUCUGCAGCGUCAGGGGCUGCUGACGAUCCAGCCCGGGCAGCCUGCUCUGCCUUUGCAGCCCCUUGCACAAGGCAUGAUUCCAACAGAACUGCAGCAGCUCUGGAAGGAAGUGACAAGCUCGCACACAGCGGAGGAGGUACCCGGCAACAACCACAGCAGCCUGGACCUGUCCACCACCUGCGUCCCCUCCUCUGCUUCCUCCAAAACCUCCUUAAUCAUCAACCCACACGCCUCAACUAAUGGACAGCUAUCAGUCCACACUCCUAAACGGGAGAGUUUAUCCCACGAGGAGCACUCACACAGCCACCCGCUGUACGGACACGGCGUAUGCAAAUGGCCGGGCUGUGAAGCAGUAUGUGAAGACUUCCAGUCGUUCCUAAAACAUCUCAACAGUGAGCAUGCGCUGGAUGAUAGAAGUACAGCCCAAUGUAGAGUACAAAUGCAGGUUGUACAGCAGUUAGAGCUACAGCUUGCAAAAGAUAAAGAGCGCCUGCAAGCCAUGAUGACACACCUGCACGUGAAGUCGACUGAACCAAAAGCCACCCCUCAGCCCCUGAAUCUGGUAUCGAGCGUCACGCUUUCCAAGACCGCGUCCGAGGCGUCUCCGCAGAGUUUACCUCAUACUCCCACCACCCCGACUGCGCCCAUCACUCCCGUCACGCAGGGACCGUCGGUCAUCACUACCACGAGCAUGCACAACGUCGGACCCAUCCGGAGGCGGUACUCAGACAAAUACAACGUCCCCAUCUCUUCAGCAGAUAUUGCCCAGAACCAAGAAUUUUAUAAGAACGCGGAAGUUAGACCACCGUUCACGUAUGCAUCUUUAAUUAGACAGGCCAUCCUGGAAUCUCCUGAAAAACAGCUAACACUAAACGAAAUCUACAACUGGUUCACGCGAAUGUUCGCCUACUUCCGACGCAACGCGGCGACGUGGAAGAAUGCAGUGCGUCAUAAUCUUAGUCUUCACAAGUGUUUUGUGCGAGUAGAAAACGUUAAAGGGGCAGUAUGGACAGUGGAUGAACUAGAGUUCCAAAAACGAAGGCCACAAAAGAUCAGUGGUAACCCUUCUCUUAUUAAAAACAUACAGACCAGCCACACCUACUGCACACCUCUCAAUGCUGCUUUACAGGCUUCAAUGGCUGAGAACAGUAUACCUCUAUACACUACUGCUUCCAUGGGAAAUCCCACUCUGGGCAAUUUAGCCAGUGCGAUGAGGGAAGAGCUCAAUGGUGCAAUGGAGCAUACGAACAGUAACGGGAGUGACAGCAGUCCAGGACGUUCCCCUAUGCAAGCGAUGCACCCCGUGCAUGUCAAAGAAGAACCGUUAGACCCAGAUGAAAAUGAAGGCCCACUAUCCUUAGUGACAACAGCCAACCACAGUCCAGAUUUUGAUCAUGACAGAGAUUAUGAAGAUGAACCUGUAAAUGAGGACAUAGAAUGAGUAUGUCUGACAUCGUUAUCCUGAGAAUGAAGAUUGGAAGAACACGUCAAACUUAGCUGUGAAAUCUCUCCUUUAUUGUACAGUCUGGAGGAUUCUCAGUCCACUUUGACAACUAUGAAAUAUGUUAACUCUUAGUGCCAUCAAGUAUCCCAUUUGGGAGUAUUUUUGAUUUUUCUACUUUUUGUUGAAAAAAGGAAUUUGUACUCUGUGCAUUGGAUGGACUUGUUUGGUACUUGGGAUUUUCCUCUCUUACAGUCAACAUCAGUGUUGUAAAUUUGCUAAACUGAUUCACUUGCAUUUAGCAGCCAGCUGUGGACUGCAGGUCCUGCCAAUUUUGGACACUUGAGGACAUCAAACUGAGCAUGUACACCUGAACUGCAGAUCAAGUCUUUGCCCAGAUUUUAAGGAUUCCAAUGGACAACAUAUUUGCACAGUACUGCAUGUUGAUUAUCACUGCCUUUACUCCAUUUUUUUUUUUUUUUUUGUUUCGUUGGUUGGUUUCUUUUUUCUUUUUUUUUUUUUUUUUGCUUCCAUUUGGGUUGGGGAAGGCCUGUGUGUGCACGUGUGUGGGUAUGUGUGUGUGUGUGUGUGAGCGUGUAUAUCGGGGAGGGGUUCAAAGAAGAAAUUAUCCCAAACUUUUUAAUGUAUUGCUUUUAUUCCCCCGCCCCACUUCUCCUCUACCAUUUUAAGUUCUGACCUCAGGCCUCAUCUGGGCCCAGGGCCUCUCAGAGGCUUCAACGUUUUCUGUACUUUGUGAUGAAUGUUAAUAGGUGUUUUUAUUAUACGAAGCUGAAUGUCAUUGAAUUGUUUGUAGUUUUUUCUGUCAUUCAUUCCAGUUUCCUUCAGAUGCCACCAUGUUUUCUUUAGCUAUGGAAAACAUUCCAUUUCGGUGUCUCCUUUUUUGUUGUUGUUUUUUGAAAAGGUCCCAAAUGCUGCACGAUACAUGUGGAAGGGUUGUCCAACGGAGAGAGGAACGAAGUACUGCAAGAAUGAGAAUGAAUGACAGAUGAACAUAGAAACACUGUAGGAAGCAACACAGAUUCAUUCCACAAAGCAGUAUUUUUAAUAUAUUCUUGUUUUGUUUGGGUUUUUUGAUUUUCUUUUUUGAUUUUUUUUUUCUUGGCAGCAACGGUGAAUAUUAGCAAAUGCCACAAAAUUGAACAGCACAAAGAAACAUAUGCAGCACCAACAGAAUUCACUUUUAGUAGAGAAUUAAUAGUACAGUGGCAGGCUCUCGGUUGUUUAACAAGAGUACUAAUGGGUCAGCAAAUCUUUCUGAAAUAUCUAAGAUUACCGAGAUGGGCACCUAAACAUUUAUUAUUACAACUUCUGGGUUUUUUCCAUUGUUUUUUUCCAUUUGCAUUUGCAAAUAGUGGUUGGAAAGAUGACUUCAUUAAAUUGUUACUGUACGUGGUGAUGUUUCACGGUUAAACAUCAGUUCAGGAUUGCUUGGUGGCGUUAAUCUGUUUGAAUACAAAUUAGAUUUCAGACUGAACUUGUUACGGGAGUUAAUAAGGACGGGGCCCCACUAAUGCUAAAGUGUUAAUUUUCAGCUGUGCAAAUCCAGUACUGCAGUUAGGAUUGUUAUGCAAUAUUACACCAGCCAGUAUGGAAACCUCACCGGAGGAGUCGGGAGAGUUGGGAGAGAAUUGGCGCCGGGGCUUGUUAGGCAAAACUGGCAAAGCUCUGCAAAAAAAACAAACAAAAAAAAAAAAAAAAAAGCAAACACGACAUACAAAAUCUGUUGCGAUAGGUCAGUAAACCUCAGUCACCAAACACCUAAACAUUUUCAUUCUGCAACCACUUUUCCGUCACUCAUUUAUUUAUGUAGAACUGUAGCUUUUUUUUAUUAUUUCGAAAAGCCUUUCAGAGCUUAAUUUAUAUUCUUCUUUGUACCUUUUUUUUUUCCUAAAAUUACCAAAGAUAUUACACAAAGGUAAAUUAUGUUCUCUGUUAUAUGCUUUAUCUUAUGAAGCCAAAUAUCCUCUUAUUGUUGAUCAAAGGAGGUUGGAGAAUUUAGAGGGAAAUGACAAGAUGUGGGCUAUUGCUAACCUGAGAGGGAAACUGCUCCUUUAUUCUAGAAAAUUUAGAAGGCCAAGUAGAUGUCUGAACCAAAGUUGUUACUUUUUAUUUGCAAUUCUUUACAGUGACCAAAAUGAAAGUCUGUAAAGAGGAAUCGAGGAGAGCUUUUGAGGUUAAAACUAGGAAUCAGUGUUACUGGGGGAGCUAUGAGAAGGGAGCUGAAGAAAGGAAAGACACAAUUAUUUUGUGGAAAAUUAGAGUAUCAGAUAAAGGAGACAGUUCAAUUAAACACAGAAGAGAACAGAAAAGCUCCCACAAUUUAACUGGACGACAUAAUGGUAUUUCUAGAAUUAAAAGAAAAAAAAAAAUUUUUGGUCUUUGGUUCUACAGAUUGUGUGCCACUUCUGUUCCGGGACUGUGCUGGGAUGACUGCUUUAAUUUUGGUUGAUCUUGGCACAUUUACUCAGUUUUGUUUUGGUCAGCAUUUUUCAUAAGGAAAUAACACUCCUGUCCACUCAUAAGCUUUGGUACAAGAAAUUUUAUCGGCAGUUACUUCUAUAAAACUCAACUCUGCUUUCUGUUUCAAAAAGACAAGGAAAAACAAAAAAAAGAAGGAAAAAAAAAAAAAAGGGCAGUCUGUGGUCAUUUGGAAACUUUUUUUUUUUAAAUUUUUUUUUUUUUAGGUUUUUUUUCCAGUUUUGGUUUAAAUUAUAUCCAGGCAGCUUCGUGACGUGCCGGCGGUAGCCAGACAGGGAUCAUGAGAAUUGAGCCCUGUGCUUCGAAACUGAGUGGUUUGCUGGUUAGUUCGGUAUUCAGAAGGGGGAUAAAAAUCUGGUAGAUUAGUUCAUUCUCAGCAUGUGUAGCUAGACAUGAGUAAAGAUAACAGCAUGAGAAACUGUUAGUACGCAUACCUCAGUCCAAACUGUUAGGGAAUGAGUAAAUAAAAAAUACAUUUCACUCAGUUGCACUUAGUUGUAUGUCUUGCAUGCUUAGUCUAAAGACUGUAGCAAAAAUAAAAAAAAAAAUUAAAAAGAGAAAAAGAAACAAAAAAUUAGAGUUUAACAUAUCUGGCAGGUGUUGCAGCCUUGCGGAAGAACCAACUGAAAAUCUCAGGCUUUACAUCAAGCAAACUUCACUAUGAUUUUUACAAUUCUGAUUCUGUAUCCCUUUGGAUAUACAGUUGCUUCUUUAGGGAGGGGUUUAUUAUGUUGUACAUAUAUAUCCCACUGUGUCUGUGUGAGCCUUUGUCUUUUGGGGGGAGGGUGGGGAGGGAGGAAAAGGUGGAAAGGUCCUUUUUUUAGAUAUCAUUCCUCGAAAGGAAUAAAUGCAGACCUGUUUGUCAAAACACCUUUUGCUUUUUGUGCAACUGCUUUAUAUUAACUAUACUAAAAAAUAGCUUUGAAAAAAAAAAAACUACUGUAUGUAAUGGAAUUGCAGAAUACGCUGCACAUGUAUUUUAUUUAGUUAUCCUUGCUUUAAGAAUAUUGGAUGACAUUUGCUGACAUGUGGGAGAAAAUCCCUGACUUUUUUUUUUUUUUUUUCAGCUUUUAAAUUGUAACAUAGUUGACAGAUUUUUUUUUUUUCUCCUGUUAUCAUUGAUCGAAGCAUUUUUGUACAGUUUUUGUGUUUAAGCUGGUUUUUUUGAUACUUUCCCACCCCUUCUGUUAUCUUACCACUGCCUUUUCUGGCUGUCUUAAACAAAGUUCAUAUAUUUGAAAGGAAAAAAAAAAAAAUCAUUAAAAAAAAAAAAUGUUUUUCUCCUGCUGCAGUAAAUAUUUUGCAUGAUGAAUUCCAGGGUCACACUUUCAAAGUUUAUCAGUGAAGUAGUGAUUAAUAAUGGGGAGUGUCAAACUAUUGAACUUUUUGUAUAAAAAAAACAAAAAAAAAACUUUACAAGGUGCCAAGAUGUAAAGACAAUUUGUUACAUUUUUUUUUCUCAAAGAAAAGCGUACAUUAUGAAAGUAGUACCAUGUAUCAGGUAAAUCGCUGUCAGGAAUGAGAGUCAAAGCCUUCCUUGUCCACAAAAAAGAAAAAAAAAAAAGUUUGUAAAUGUAAAACCUGUUAGGUUUCUGCAUUCAACUAGAAGUGAAAUGAAAAAAAAAAAAAAUAAAAUCAAGGCUUAUGUAGAGCAAGUGACCACAAAAAAUACGACCAUUUUUUGAUUCUCACUCGCAAGAGUCCCACUGCAGGUCCUGCACCUCCCCUUUCCUGGAGCUCAGCUUCAGGGAGAGACUGGGGCAGGCAUGCUGGUUCUACAAAUAUUGCAGAUCAUUAGAUAUUUUAUAUAUAUACAUACAUAAAUAUAUAUAUAUAUAAAGUUUUUUAAAAUAAUUUUGAACUAUUGUAGUUUUCAGAUUGCCAAUACUCUCACGCUCAUUAUAGCAUGG